AUGGGUGAUCUUCACGUAGUUGGAGGAAUCACGAAGCUCAACAACAAAAAUUACAACACGUGGGCGACAUGCAUGGAGUCUUAUCUGCAAGGUCAAGAUCUUUGGGAUGUCGUCGGGGGCAACGAUGUUGCACAACCACGAGAAGACAAUAGCGACGCUUUACGUAAGUGGAAGAUCAAAGCAGGUAAAGCUAUGUUUGCUCUAAAGACAACAAUUGAAGAAGAGAUGUUAGAGCACAUAAGGAAAGCAAAAACACCAAAGGAAGCAUGGGACACCUUUGCAACACUCUUUUCAAAAAGGAAUGACACAAGACUACAACUUCUUGAGAACGAGCUGCUAUCCGUUGCACAACGUGACAUGACGAUUGCUCAGUACUUCCACAAGGUAAAGUCCAUAUGCCGUGAAAUUUCUGAUUUAGAUCCUACUGCUGCUAUUGUGGAAUCUAGGAUAAAAAGGAUAAUUAUCCAUGGUCUGAGACCCGAAUACCGAGGCUUCGUUGCCGCUGUACAAGGGUGGCCUACUCAACCAUCACUUGUUGAGUUUGAAAAUUUGCUUGCCGAUCAAGAAGCUAUGGCUAAGCAAAUGGGAGGGGUCUCGUUAAAAGGAGAGGAGGAAGCACUCUACUCCAACAAAAGUAAAGGCAACUUCAAGCAGCACUUUGGUGAUAAGGAGAAGCUGCAGAACCUGAUUGAGUACAAGGGCAAUCGUGUGGUGGUGACUGCCAACAACUCAAGAUUGCCGAUAACCCACAUCG